AUGAGUAACAACAAAAAUAAAAAAAAGCUAAGCAGGGAUUCAAACACCGCAAGCGACCCCGACUCCGGACCUGGGACAAUACCGAGUGCUUCACUAAUAUCCUCAAUCGCGAACGCAUAUACCCAACCAAUCUCCCUACUCGGACAACUACCAAAUGAGAUCCUCGAAAAUAUUCUAGCAAGAGUAGAUCAACCCAGUAUCGGUGCCUUCGGUCUAGCGGCGCGAUGGUGUCAUGCACAUGCAGAUGAGAUGUAUUUUCGAACUAUCAGCCUCACGCCAAUUUCUUUGAUUUACUUGACUUUAAAUCCGCAGCAUAUUCCCAAGAUACGAAAAAUAAAAGUGGACUGCCGCAUGGUCGGCGUCCUCAACGCCAACACCAUAAACUUCAUCUCCAGCCUCACAAACCUCCGCACAAUCUCCCUUCACUCCAUAAACUCCAAAAACCACACCAGAGUCCUCCACUACAUCCUAAAAUUCAUCCCCACGACCGAAUCCCUUCACAGAAUCGAGAUCAGUAUCGGCCACAACACCUUCCGCCGAGGUACUCCCCGAAUCAUAGGUUCCGAUGAUCCAAACUGGGACGCACUGGACAUGGACAUUCAUCCUAACCUAAAAGAAAUAUCAUACGACUUCGGUCCCAUGGCCGCUAGUAUUACCCGUAUGGAUUCGUUGGUGUUCAAUACUUUCAUACCGCAUAGACAUAGCCUCAAAGUCCUAGAAGUGAAUUGCAUCCAACUAAGACGAUAUUCACAAACCUUCCGGGAAGGGCUGAAACACUAUAUUUUCCGGUGUGCGGAGGAAGAAGUGAAUCCUCAACACGUGUGGACGCCGGAUGUGAUUGAGACGUACAAUUCGUUUCAGGAUAGUUAUAUCGCUUGUCUUGCUUCUGAUAGUCUGGAGGUUUUUAGGUUUUUUAGCGAUAUGAGGAAGGAUGUUAGGGAUAGUAGGGAAAGGGAGAUUAGUAUCGAAGAGGUUUGUACGGUGUGGCCGAAUCUUAAGCAUUUGGAUUUUAUCACAAGGGAUAGUUGGAAGACUAAUUUCCGCCAACUCCCCCGCCCCAAAAAGCUAACAAAACUAAGAACGUUCACCCACUCCGGCAUAACAAAAACCUCAACCGAAGCCGCCAACCCAGCGUGGUCCCUAACUGAAUCCGACAACCUUCCAAAAGGUCCCAUAGAAGUAUCUCCAAGAUCCGUAAUGGACUAUUUAACCCGUCAUUGGUUCCCUAACAUCCAUAGCUACGGAUGGUACUCUCGAGAUUCCACGUCUAUGGUUUUUCCAGAUUUUUAUAUGAUCGAGAUAAGGCAUUUGAGAAAGGUUUGGUGGGUUUUGCAUCAGAGUUGGGCUGGGUGGGUUACUGUUGUUGCGUCUUAUUGGCCUGGUCCGGCGUUUUUGAAUCAUUGGUGGGGACCGGGGGCGACUUCGAUUUAUAUUUGA